CAGGGAGCUUGAACCAUGGCAAACAAGGGUCCAUCGUAUGGCAUGAGCCGCCAAGUGCAGGAUAAAAUCGAGCAGAAGUACGACCCUGAGCUGGAGGUGCGUUUGGUGGAGUGGAUCGGGACUCAGUGUGGCUCCGGGGUCGGAAAACCAGAGGCAGGAAAACUGGGAUUCCAGGCCUGGCUCAAAGACGGAAGUGUUUUGUGUGAGCUCAUCAAUAGUCUGUGUAAGGACAAGCCUGUGAAGAAGAUCCAGAGCUCCAGCAUGGCCUUCAAGCAGAUGGAGCAGAUCUCACAGUUCCUCAACGCUGCGGAGCGAUACGGCGUCGUCAAAACUGAGAUGUUUCAGACCGUAGAUCUGUGGGAGGGGAAGGACUUGGCCGCGGUGCAGAGGACACUCAUGGCUCUGGGCAGCAUCGCCGUUACUAAAGAUGAGGGCUUCUUCCGUGGAGACCCCAGCUGGUUCUUCAAGAAAGCUCAGGAGAACCGGAGAGACUUCUCUGGUGACCAGCUGAAAGAAGGGAAGAAUGUCAUCGGUCUGCAGAUGGGAUCCAAUAAAGGGGCGACCCAGUCUGGCAUGGCGGGCUACGGCAGACCUCGACAGAUCCUGAACCCAUGAGUGCUUCCUCGGAUCCCGAGCAUCACUGCAUCCCAGCGGCUGGACUCCAGACGUGCAAGAGGACCAGAAGGACAGUGUAAUACACAUAAAUAAAGAUUAACACCACUCACCACUAAAACAAGUUUCCAUAUCCAGUGUCAAUCCCUGCUUGUGGAACAUAUCUGGUCAAAUUACAUUUCUUUGUGUGUCAUCGCAGUGCAUCAUUGUGCAGUCUAACAUUCAGUUUGUGAUAUCUGCUCAAUCUUAUUUUUUCACUACCUGUCAUACAGAAAGACUUCUCACCAGCCGAUCAAUUCCUCAUAGCUUCACUCCUAUCUUUAAAGAAAUAAAAUUAGUUUGCGAUCAA